AUGGCGCCUGCACUCAAGCUCCUGGCCCUCUGUCUCCCAGUGGUCGCCGCGCGCGCGGCGGCGGCGCUGACAUCUCGCGACAAGAACAUCGACCCAAUCGACUAUGUCGACCAGCUCAUCGGCUCCAGCAAUGGCGGAAACGUCUUCCCCGGCGCCACCGUGCCGUACGGCAUGGCCAAGGCCGUCGCCGACACUACCAGCGGCAGCAACCAGGGCGGCUUCACCCUCGACGGCACCCCCGUCACCGGCUUCAGCGUCCUGCACGACUCGGGCACCGGCGGCUCGCCAUCCCUGGGCAACUUCCCGCUCUUCCCCUACAACGCGUGCGCCGACAAUGACGUGAACCGCUGCGACUUCCCCAAGAAGACGCGCGCGCAGCACGGCACGUUCAAGAAUGACAGCGUCGUCGCCAAGCCAGGCUACUUUAGCAUCACCCUCGCCGAUGGCCCCCAGGUAGAAAUGACAGCCACCCAUCACGCCGCGCUCUUCAAGUUUACCUUUACCGGCAAGGACGGCGACAAGCCGCUCAUCCUGCAGGACCUGACGGACCUGUCCAACUCGCGCCAGGACAAUGCCAGCGUCGCCGUGGACACCACGUCGGGCCGCAUCAAGGGCAAUGCCCUUUUCGUGUCGAGCUUCUCGCAGGGCACGUACCGGGCCUACUUUUGCACCGACUUCAAGGGGCCCGCGAUUGCGGAUGCGGGCAUCUUUGUCGACAGCCGCGCGAGCGCAGACGUCCACGACCUCAAAAUCUCACGCUCCAUCAACGGUUACCCCCUGCCCGGUGGCGCCUUUGUGCGCUUCGCCGACGGCCACAGCCCCGUGUAUGCGCGCGUGGGCGUUAGUCUCAUCAGCGAGGACCAGGCUUGUGCCAGUGCCGAGCAGGAGGUGCCCGACUUCGACUUUGAUAUGCAUGCGCAGGACGCCAGAGACGCGUGGAAGGCCAAGAUGAGCAACAUCCAGGUCGUGACGGAAGGCGUGGACGCAUCGCUCAUCAAGAACUUUUACUCGGGCAUCUACCGCACCAUGGUCAACCCGCAAAACUACACGGGCGAAAACCCGCUGUGGAAUGACGGUGAGCCGUACUUUGACUCGUUUUAUUGCAUCUGGGACCUCUUCCGCUCGCAGCUGCCCUUCCUCACCAUCCUCGACCCGGCCGCCGUGUCGCAAAUGAUCCGCUCCCUCAUCUCCACCUAUGAGCACGACGGCUGGCUGCCCGACUGCCGCAUGAGCCUCAGCCGCGGCUACACCCAGGGCGGCUCCAACGCCGACAAUGUGCUGGCCGACGCCUACCUCAAGGGCAUCAAGGACGGCGUCGACUGGGACAAGGGCUACGCGGCCGUCAAGAAGGACGCCGAGGUCGAGCCCUUUGACUGGUGCUGCCACGGCCGCGGCGGCAUCGACGCGUGGAACUCACUCGGCUACAUCCCCGUGCAGGAUUUCGACUACAAGGGCUUCGGCACCCUUACGCGCAGUCUGAGCCGCACGCUCGAGUAUGCGUACAAUGACUUUGCCAUUUCGCAGAUGGCCGGCGGCAUGGGCAACAAGGACGAGCAGGAAACGUACAUCAAGUCCAGCCGCCACUGGGAGAACCUGUACCGCGCGGAUCAGAAGUCGGCCUUUGCCAACGGUACCGACACGGGCUACACGGGCUUCUUCCAGCCAAAGUACCUCAACCAGACCUGGGGAUAUCAGGACCCGCUCAAGUGCAGCAACUUGGACGACAAGAGCGUGUGCUCGCUCCAGAACAGCGGUCCCGAGACCUUUGAGAGCAGCAUCUGGGAAUACGGGUUUUUCGUUCCUCACGACCAGGCGCGCCUCAUCACCCUCUACGGAGGUCCGGAGGCCUUUUGCCGCCGCCUCGACUACCUGCACGACAAGGGCAUCACGUAUAUCGGCAAUGAGCCUGCCUUUCUCACCGUGUUCCAGUACCACUACGCCGGCCGUCCCGCCCUGUCCGCCAAGCGCAGCCACUUUUACAUUCCGCGCUUCUUCCAGCCGACGCCGCCCGGUCUGCCCGGCAACGACGACAGCGGCGCCAUGGGCUCCUUUGUCGCCUUUAGCAUGAUGGGUCUCUUCCCCAACCCCGGACAGGACGUCUACCUCAUCACGCCACCCUUCUUUCCGAGCGUGUCCAUCAAGAAUCCCGUCACGGGCAAGACGGCUACGAUUCGCAACGUCAACUUUGACGCCGCGUAUCAUGACAUUUACAUUCAGAGCGCAACGCUCGACGGCAAGGAGUAUACCAAGAACUGGAUUGAUCAUUCUUUCUUCACAGAGGGCAAGGAGCUUGUCUUGACGCUCGGAAAGAAUGAGAGCAGCUGGGGCACGGCUGUGGCCGACUUGCCGCCUAGCUUGGGUCCGUAUCUGAGCAACAACCAAACGCUGUCCAGGAGAUGGUCUGUCCCUGGGUCUGCACAGCUGUACCAGCCCUCCAUGUAA